GGUCAGGAGCUCACAGUCAGGCAGAUGGCUCUGUUGGCCUUCAGAGACCUGGUGCUGCUGAAGCUCCACCUGCAGGAAACUCUGCCAACUGCAGCGUCCGUCCCUCCGCCUGUCACACAGAUGCUGCUGGUGCUGCAGGGCGUCCAUGAGUCUGGAGCUCCCAGUUUGGAGUAUUUCCAGUUGGAGCGUCUGGUGGAGAUGGUGGUGUCUCCGUAUCUCAGUAACGUUGUGCACAGCAGGGACCAGCUGCUGCUGGAGUCUCGCCAUCUGCGGUCGCCGAGCUCGUUGCUUGGCGACCAGUCCCAGCCGGAGAUCACCGUCACUCAGCAUCACUGCUCCUCUGACUCGGCGUCUCUGGCGCCGCUGGUGGAGCAGGAGGGCGAGGCCUACCUGGAGAAGUCCGGCGGCAUGCGGCGCCACACGGUGGCCAACGCUCACUCUGACGUGCAGCUGCUGUCUGCGUCCAGCAGGCUGCACGCUGGGACGCAGACGGACGGCGGGGUGGGAGGAGGAGGCGGCGCGGGAGGCGUGGCGUUUUUGGUGGGGGGCGGAGCGAUGAGUCCCCGGACAUUCUCCAGCCAACCGGACAUGAUGGACUCUCCAAGGGGAGGAGUUAUACAUCUCCAUCACAGCUAGCCGCGGCGGCUGAUCAGACGAUGGACGCAACCAGAGACAAUACAGACAACGGGGACAUCAUGAGACAGACACAAGACGAGAACUGGACAUGAUGGGACAGAAAAUUUAAAUAAAUAGACAAGAAAAACAGACAGCAGGACAGGAGACAAAAAUGAGAAAAUGAGUACAAAAUG